AUGUCUUGCGCAGUGGACCCAAUCGAAGACGAUGGCCCCAAGUCAGCCUAUGAUGAAAUCUCUGAUGACGAACGGACUACACUCGUCAACAAGGUCGCUGAUGCGAUAAAAGACCUGCCCGUGGACUCGGGUUUCUGGGCUUUUAUGUGGCUGGCCCCCGUGAAAAAGUUGAGAAAGUGGGUAGAAGUCUUCGUCAACUAUUCAGAGGUUACUCAAUGUGAUGUUGUCCAGUCCACGAAAUGGACCAGAGCCCUGAAGUACUGGACGGCCCGCUUGCCCAUGAAGGACUCGGUAGCUGUGGACGCAGUGCCGGCGGAGGGCGAGCUGAAGAAGUCAAAGAGCACCAAGCGGAAGGCAGCGACUGCUGCCCCAAAGGACAAAGGUUCACCAAAAGCACCCCGCCUCGAUGAAUCCGUGUCGAAUCAGCUGGCUCCAGCCGUUUUGGCCCCCGCAUUAGACAGCCCGGUUCAACCAGAACAUACCCGCUCGAGUGCCGCUGUCAACAAUUGCGGCAAGCGGGACAAGGAAAAAUGUCUCGUUACUGGGUUGGCGGAUUGCGUGCACAAAGCACAUAUAUAUCCAUCCACAAUUAGUGAAAACUCGGCUACAAGGGAGCAUGAACUCUGGUGGGGUCGCCUGGCGGAAUUCUACCCGAAAGAAAAGAUAGAAGCUUGGGAGACGGCGAUCUCGGGUCCGGACAGCACAGAGAUUCUUCCGAAUCUCCUGUGUUUAUGCAGCCAUGUCCACCAAAUGUGGGAUGACGGAAAGAUAGGGUUCAAAUUUAAACAAAGGGAGCCGGAUGGAUCAGCAAUGACCGUUGAAUUCCACUGGCUCUACAAACACGAGCACGGGCUGAGAAACCUACGAACAGCGCCAACCAAUCCCAUCGGCCUGCAAAGGUCUAACCUAGGGUCAAGGCUUCAUGACUGCGAGUCAUCUCGCAUUUUAACGUCAGGAGAUCGCUUAGUUUGGACGACUGAGAGGCCCUCUGGAAAAGACGCAUGGCCUCUUCCUUCCGAGGACUUGCUGGAAAUGAAAUGGGCUCUCAAUCGCCUGGUGGCUCUAUCUGGAGCGGCCGAUGUACCUGACGAAGAGCUGGACCCGGACGAUCCGGUUGGCCUAGCGCCGCCGAUCGCUGUCGAAACGGAGGCAGACUCGGUGGAAGAGAGGCCGGACGGGAGGAAAUAUGCCUAUCAGCCGAAAGCGGACUGA